UUGGACAUAGUAGGUGACAAAGGAAUAGAAGAGCCCAGAUCCUGAAGCCUGACACUGAUCAAACAGGGAUCACUCUCAAAAUCACAACACUCUCCACCACACAAAAACAUCUCUUCUGUUUGUGACACCCAGCACAGCCCCCCUGAACCAACAUUCAAAUAGACAAGAGUGACACUGGCCCUGGGUAAGGGGAUACCCAGCACAUUUACAUCCCUGCACCUGCCCUGCUGCCCAGAGCAGCGCCACCAAAAUCCCCCCAGCAGCAGCAGCAGCAGCAGCAGCUCUAUAAAGCUGCUCUUGCCAUCCCUGACACUCCACCAGCAGCAGCCACUGACCUGCCUCAGGCUCUGCUGCCACAGCCCCCUUGGCCAGCACAGCUCUGCUCCCCAGCUCACACCAUGGAAGCUUCUCCCUCUCCACAGCAAUCCAAUGUCACUUCAUCUCGGGUCUUAACUGUGACCAUCAUCACCCUGGAGGUGCUCGCUGGCAUGUGGAUAAAUGCUUUCAUCGUUUGUGUGCUUUGCAUUGCCUGGGUCCAAAAGAAAACUCUGAACUCUAAUGAGAAGAUCUUGCUGCUGCUGGGAUGCUCCAGGUUUUGGUAUUUGUGCAUCUCCUGGGUAUAUAAAUUUCUUUCCUUUAUUUAUCCCAAUUACCUUUAUGUUCACAGCAUACUUCAACUAGCUAUAUUUUUUCAAGCCUUUUUUAAUCAUUGCAACUUGUGGUUUUCUGCAUCUCUUUGUACUUUUUAUUGUAUAAAAAUUGCCAAUUUCAGGAACAGGUCCUUCAUCUAUCUGAAAGGAAAAAUUGACAGGAUGGUGCCCUGGCUUCUGUUGGCAUCAGGGAUUUUAGCUCUGGCUGUUGGCAUCGUUGCCUAUGACAUCGCUGAUAAACCGCUCUGCAACAGCAAUUCCACUGGACGAGGAAAUUUUGGGACAGCAAAUAUCAAAAUGGAUAAAAAAUUUUUCCCUUCUUUUUUUCUUACUGGCUUUGAAUAUGCUGCUUCAUUCAUGGUUGUCAUAUUUUCUGCUGUUUUCCUUCUCUUUUCUCUCUGGAGACACAAGCGCAGGAUGCAGACAAACUCCAUGAAGGACCUCAGCAUGGAUGCCCACAUCAGAGCCAUGAAAUCUAUUUUCUCCUUCUUCGUGAUGUACAGCAUCAAUUUUGUAUGUUUGGUCUUAAAUAUGGUUUAUGUUACAAAGAAGAGAAAUCAUAUGACAUUUCUCAUUGUAGUAUUUCAGUACAUUUUUCCGGGUCUGCACUCCCUUAUUCUGGUUUUCAGCAAUCCCAAAUUAGAAAACACACUGCUAAAGAUUCUUCCCUUAGAAAGAAGUGUUAAGUGCAAGGUGUGCAUAAGUCAGGAACUCCAGUAA